CAGGACCAUGAGGCUGAAGGACGAGCUGGUGACGCUGAGGUUGGAGUGCACCAACCUGUACAGGAAGGGCCAUUUCUCCACCCUGGAGCUGGUGCCCACGUCCACGCUGAGCACCACACACCCCAAGGGCGAGUCCCUGACCAAGGGGCUCCACACCUCCUCGGCCUCCUGGUUCAGGAAGCCCAUGACCAGGACGGAGCUGGUGGCCAUCUCCUCCUCUGAAGAUGAAGGCAGCCUUCGCUUCGUCUACGAGCUGCUGGCCUGGGUGGAGGAGAUGCAGUUGGGACCAUAG